AUGCUCACUUCACACUCGGAGAGAACAGGGGGCUCCAGACAACAAGACUCUGAUCAUCAAGAUAAAUCUCACCUUGUUAUCUCAUCACUUUCACAUUACAAGAGCCAUAGUGAGAGAGCGAACAAGCUGAGCCGUAGGAAGAGAGCGAACAAGCUGAGCCGUAGUGAGAGAGCGAACAAGCUGAGCCGUAGUGAGAGAGCGAACAAGCUGAGCCGUAGUGAGAGAGCGAACAAGCUGAGCCGUAGGAAGAGAGCGAACAAGCUGAGCCGUAGUGAGAGAGCGAACAAGCUGAGCCGUAGUGAGAGAGCGAAUAAGCUGAGCCGUAGGAAGAGAGCGAACAAGCUGAGCCGUAGUGAGAGAACGAACAAGCUGAGCCGUAGUGAGAGAGCGAACAAGCUGAGCCGCAGGAAGAGAGCGAACAAGCUGAGCCGUAGGAAGAGAGCGAACAAGCUGAGCCGUAGUGAGAGAGCGAACAAGCUGAGCCGUAGAAAGAGAGCGAACAAGCUGAGCCGUAGUGAGAGAGCGAACAAGCUGAGCCGUAGUAAGAGAGCGAACAAGCUGAGCCGUAGUGAGAGAGCGAACAAGCUGAGCCGUAGGAAGAGAGCGAACAAGCUGAGCCGUAGUGAGAGAGCGAACAAGCUGAGCCGUAGGAAGAGAGCGAACAAGCUGAGCCGUAGUGAGAGAGCAAACAAGCUGAGCCGUAGGAAGAGAGCGAACAAGCUGAGCCGUAGUGAGAGAGCGAACAAGCUGAGCCGUAGUGAGAGAGCGAACAAGCUGAGCCGUAGUGAGAGAGCGAACAAGCUGAGCCGUAGUGAGAGAGUGAACAAGCUGAGCCGUAGGAAGAGAGUGAACAAGCUGAGCCAAAGUGAGAGGGCGAACAAGCUGAGCCGUAGGAAGAGAGCGAACAAGCUAAGCCGUAGGAAGAGAGCGAACAAGCUGAGCCGUAGGAAGAGAGCGAACAAGCUGAGCCAAAGUGAGAGGGCGAACAAGCUGAGCCGUAGGAAGAGAGCGAACAAGCUAAGCCGUAGGAAGAGAGCGAACAAGCUGAGCCGUAGUGAAAGAGCAAACAAGCCGAGCCGUAGGAAGAGAGCGAACAAGCUGAGCCGUAGUGAGAGAGCAAACAAGCUGAGCCGUAGGAAGAGAGCGAACAAGCUGAGCCAAAGUGAGAGGGCGAACAAGCUGAGCCGUAGGAAGAGAGCGAACAAGCUGAGCCGUAGGAAGAGAGCGAACAAGCUGAGUCGUAGGAAGAGAGCGAACAAGCUGAGCCGUAGGAAGAGAGCGAACAAGCUGAGCCGUAGGAAGAGAGCGAACAAGCUGAGCCGUAGGAAGAGAGCGAACAAGCUGAGCCGUAGGAAGAGAGCGAACAAGCUGAGCCGUAGGAAGAGAGCGAACAAGCUGAGCCGUAGGAAGAGAGCGAACAAGCUGAGCCGUAGGAAGAGAGCGAACAAGCUGAGCCGUAGGAAGAGAGCGAACAAGCUGAGCCGUAGGAAGAGAGCAAACAAGCUGAGCCGUAGGAAGAGAGCAAACAAGCUGAGCCGUAGGAAGAGAGCGAACAAGCUGAGCCGUAGGAAGAGAGCGAACAAGCUGAGACGUAGGAAGAGAGCGAACAAGCUGUGCCGUAGGAAGAGAGCGAACAAGCUGAGCCGUAGGGAGAGAGCGAACAAGCUGAGCCGUAGUGAGAGAGCGAACAAGCUGUGCCGUAGGAAGAGAGCGAACAAGCUGAGCCGUAGUGAGAGAGCGAACAAGCUGAGCCGUAGUGAGAGAGCAAACAAGCUGAGCCGUAGUGAGAGAGUGAACAAACUGAGCCAUAGGAAGAGAGCGAACAAGCUGAGCCGUAGUGAGAGAGCGAACAAGCUGAGCCGUAGUGAGAGAGCAAACAAGCUGAGCCGUAGGAAGGGAGCGAACAAGCUGAGCCGUAGAAAGAGAGCGAACAAGCUGAGCCGUAGUGAGAGAGCAAACAAGCUGAGCCGUAGUGAGAGAGCAAACAAGCUGAGCCGUAGUGAGAGAGUGAACAAGCUGAGCCGUAGUGAGAGAGCAAACAAGCUGAGCCGUAGGAAGGGAGCGAACAAGCUGAGCCGUAGGAAGAGAGCGAACAAGCUGUGCCGUAGUGAGAGAGCGAACAAGUUGAGCCGUAGUGAGAGAGCGAACAAGCUGAGCCGUAGUGAGAGAGCGAACAAGUUGAGCCGUAGGAAGAUAGGGAACAAGCUGAGCCGUAGGAAGGGAGCGAACAAGCUGAGCCGUAGGAAGAGAGCGAACAAGCUGUGCCGUAGUGAGAGAGCGAACAAGUUGAGCCGUAGUGAGAGAGCGAACAAGCUGAGCCGUAGUGAGAGAGCGAACAAGUUGAGCCGUAGGAAGAUAGGGAACAAGCUGAGCCGUGGGAAGAGAGGGAACAAGCUGAGCCGUGGGAAGAGAGGGAACAAGCUGAGCCGUAGUGAAAGAGCGAACAAGCUGAGCCGUAGGAAGAGAGCGAACAAGCUGAGCCAUGGGAAGAGAGCGAACAAGCUGAGCCGUAGUGAGAGAGCGAACAAGCUGAGCCGUAGUGAGAGAGCGAACAAGCUGAGCCGUAGGAAGAGAACGAACAAGCUGAGCCGUAGGAAGAGAGCAAACAAGCUGAGCCGUAGUGAGAGAGCGAACAAGCUGAGCCGUAGGGAGAGAGCGAACAAGCUGAGCCGUAGGAAGAGAGCGAACAAGCUGUGCCGUAGGAAGAGAGCGAACAAGCUGAGCCGUAGGAAGAGAGGGAACAAGCUGAGCCGUAGUGAGAGAGCGAACAAGCUGAGCCGUAGUGAAAGAGCGAACAAGCUGAGCCGUAGGAAGAGAGCGAACAAGCUGAGCCAUGGGAAGAGAGCGAACAAGCUGAGCCGUAGUGAGAGAGCGAACAAGCUGAGCCGUAGUGAGAGAGCGAACAAGCUGAGCUGUAGGAAGAGAACGAACAAGCUGAGCCGUAGGAAGAGAGCAAACAAGCUGAGCCGUAGUGAGAGAGCGAACAAGCUGAGCCGUAGGGAGAGAGCGAACAAGCUGAGCCGUAGGAAGAGAGCGAACAAGCUGUGCCGUAGGAAGAGAGCGAACAAGCUGAGCCGUAGGGAGAGAGCGAACAAGCUGAGCCGUAGUGAGAGAGCGAACAAGCUGUGCCGUAGGAAGAGAGCGAACAAGCUGAGCCGUAGUGAGAGAGCAAACAAGCUGAGCCGUAGUGAGAGAGUGAACAAACUGAGCCAUAGGAAGAGAGCGAACAAGCUGAGCCGUAGUGAGAGAGCGAACAAGCUGAGCCGUAGUGAGAGAGCAAACAAGCUGAGCCGUAGGAAGGGAGCGAACAAGCUGAGCCGUAGAAAGAGAGCGAACAAGCUGAGCCGCAGUGAGAGAGCAAACAAGCUGAGCCGUAGUGAGAGAGCGAACAAGCUGAGCCGUAGGGAGAGAGCGAACAAGCUGAGCCGUAGGAAGAGAGCGAACAAGCUGUGCCGUAGGAAGAGAGCGAACAAGCUGAGCCGUAGGAAGAGAGGGAACAAGCUGAGCCGUAGUGAGAGAGCGAACAAGCUGAGCCGUAGUGAAAGAGCGAACAAGCUGAGCCGUAGGAAGAGAGCGAACAAGCUGAGCCAUGGGAAGAGAGCGAACAAGCUGAGCCGUAGUGAGAGAGCGAACAAGCUGAGCCGUAGUGAGAGAGCGAACAAGCUGAGCCGUAGGAAGAGAACGAACAAGCUGAGCCGUAGGAAGAGAGCAAACAAGCUGAGCCGUAGUGAGAGAGCGAACAAGCUGAGCCGUAGGGAGAGAGCGAACAAGCUGAGCCGUAGGAAGAGAGCGAACAAGCUGUGCCGUAGGAAGAGAGCGAACAAGCUGAGCCGUAGGGAGAGAGCGAACAAGCUGAGCCGUAGUGAGAGAGCGAACAAGCUGUGCCGUAGGAAGAGAGCGAACAAGCUGAGCCGUAGUGAGAGAGCAAACAAGCUGAGCCGUAGUGAGAGAGUGAACAAACUGAGCCAUAGGAAGAGAGCGAACAAGCUGAGCCGUAGUGAGAGAGCGAACAAGCUGAGCCGUAGUGAGAGAGCAAACAAGCUGAGCCGUAGGAAGGGAGCGAACAAGCUGAGCCGUAGAAAGAGAGCGAACAAGCUGAGCCGCAGUGAGAGAGCAAACAAGCUGAGCCGUAGUGAGAGAGCGAACAAGCUGAGCCGUAGUGAGAGAGCGAACAAGCUGAGCCGUAGUGAGAGAGCAAACAAGCUGAGCCGUAGGAAGGGAGCGAACAAGCUGAGCCGUAGGAAGAGAGCGAACAAGCUGUGCCGUAGUGAGAGAGCGAACAAGCUGAGCCGUAGUGAGAGAGCGAACAAGCUGAGCCGUAGUGAGAGAGCGAACAAGUUGAGCCGUAGUGAGAGAGCGAACAAGCUGAGCCAUAGUGAGAGAGCGAACAAGCUGAGCCGUGGGAAGAUAGGGAACAAGCUGAGCCGUGGGAAGAGAGGGAACAAGCUGAGCCGUGGGAAGAGAGGGAACAAGCUGAGCCGUAGUGAGAGAGCGAACAAGCUGAGCCGUAGUGAAAGAGCGAACAAGCUGAGCCGUAGGAAGAGAGCGAACAAGCUGAGCCGUGGGAAGAGAGCGAACAAGCUGAGCCGUAGUGAGAGAGCGAACAAGCUGAGCCGUAGUGAGAGAGCGAACAAGCUGAGCCGUAGGAAGAGAACGAACAAGCUGAGCCGUAGGAAGAGAGCAAACAAGCUGAGCCGUAGUGAGAGAGCGAACAAGCUGAGCCGUAGGAAGAGAGCGAACAAGCUGAGCCGUAGUGAGAGAGCAAACAAGCUGAGCCGUAGUGAGAGAGCGAACAAGCUGAGCCGUAGGAAGAGAGCGAACAAGCUGAGCCGUAGUGAGAGAGCGAACAAGCUGAGCCGUAGUGAGAGAGCGAACAAGCUGAGCCGUAGGAAGAGAGCGAACAAGCUGAGCCGUAGGAAGAGAGCGAACAAGCUGAGCCGUAGGAAGAGAGCGCACAAGCUGAGCCGUAGUGAGAGAGCGAACAAGCUGAGCCGUAGGAAGAGAGCGAACAAGCUGAGCCGUAGUGAGAGAGCAAACAAGCUGAGCCGUAGUGAGAGAGCGAACAAGCUGAGCCGUAGGAAGAGAGCAAACAAGCUGAGCCGUAGUGAGAGAGCGAACAAGCUGAGCCGUAGGAAGAGAGCGAACAAGCUGAGCCGUAGUGAGAGAGCGAACAAGCUGAGCCGUAGUGAGAGAGCGAACAAGCUGAGCCGUGGGAAGAGAGCGAACAAGCUGAGCCGUAGGGAGAGAGCGAACAAGCUGAGCCGUAGGAAGAGACUGCUCAAAACUAGUAGAAGAGAUCCGUGCUGUGCUGUGAGAUAA